CUCAGGGUAGACUCCAAGUGCUUCUUCUCCAAUGAGCGGACAUACAUGCAUUGGAUAAAAUUCGGUCUCCACCUCGGAUCCAUGGCCCUGACGCUCUUGAGUUUCGGUCAAGGAACGACGGCGGUGGGGUUGCAGGUGGGCCUGUUCUUGGUGAUGGUGACGAUGAUGACGCUCGUGUACGCGACAAUGGUGUUUCAUCUGCGGCAUCGGUGGAUGAUUCAAUUGAGAGCGGACGUGAGAUUCUACGACCGCGUCGGGCCUACACUUUUGUCUGCGGUCAUGUUCUUGGCCUAUGCUACCAAU